AGUCCGAGCGGAGCGAGCGAGCUGAGUGGUUGUGUGGUCGCGUCUCGGAAACCCGAAGCCCUUGCAGCAUGGCUGACCAACUGACUGAAGAGCAGAUUGCAGAAUUCAAAGAAGCCUUCUCACUAUUUGACAAGGAUGGUGAUGGGACUAUAACAACAAAGGAGCUGGGGACUGUGAUGAGGUCUCUCGGGCAGAACCCCACAGAAGCAGAGCUACAGGACAUGAUUAAUGAAGUAAAUGCAGAUGGUAAUGGCACAAUUGACUUCCCUGAAUUUUUGACAAUGAUGGCAAGAAAAAUGAAAGAUACAACAGACAGUGAAGAGGAAAUCAGAGAAGCAUUCCGCGUGUUUGAUAAGGACGGCAAUGGCUAUAUCAGUGCAGCAGAGCUUCGUCACGUGAUGACAAACCUUGGAGAGAAGCUGACAGAUGAAGAGGUUGAUGAGAUGAUCAGGGAAGCAGAUAUUGAUGGUGACGGGCAGGUAAACUAUGAAGAGUUUGUACAAAUGAUGACAGCAAAGUGAAGACAUUGUACAGAAUGUGUUAAAUUUCUUGUACAAAAUUGUUUAUUUGCCUUUUCUUUGUUUGUAACUUAUCUGUAAAAGGUUUCCCCCUACUGUCAAAAAAUAUGCAUGUAUAGUAAUUAGGAUUUCAUCCCUCCAAGUUUUCUUCCCUUGUCUUCUGUCAUUGUCCUUAAACCUUAUUUUAGGAAAUUGAUCAAGUAACAUGUUGCAUGUGGCUUACUCUGGAUAUAUCCAAGCUCUUCUGCACAUCUAAACUUAGAUGGAGUUGGCAAGUGAGG